AUGGAGAAGUUUCCUGACACCAUUCCCCCUCAAGAGACUGUGGCAGAUGCUCAACCGCCCAAGAAAGACGAGCAUGACAAUGGCGAUGCCGAAGCGCGGUCCAUUCGCGCUGGCGAGAACGACCUUCUCAAAGGGGAGAUUGUCGACCUGGUCCUGGCGGCUAAAAUGAACCUGGUCAAUGACGCCAUUGAUGAAAUCGGCUUCACCCCACACCAGUGGAAGCUCUUCGUUCUUAACGGGUUUGGAUACGCUGUUGACUCUUUGAUUCUCCUGAUCCAGUCGAUUGUUUCCACCCAGGCCGUCUAUGAGUUCCAACCGUCAUAUUCUACGGGGCUGACAAUCGCCGUCUACGUGGGAAUGCUUGUCGGUGCCCUGUUCUGGGGACUUUCAGCAGAUGUGAUCGGGCGCCGCUUUGCCUUCAAUGUAUCGCUGUUUAUUUCUUCCAUCUUCACUAUUGCCGCAGGCGCGUCUCCAAACUGGAUCGUACUCGGCUUGUUCAUCUCCCUCAGCGCGUUUGGCGCUGGUGGAAACCUGGUUUUGGAUACCGCUGUGUUCUUGGAGUAUCUUCCGAGUAAACAACAGUGGUUGGUUACACUGAUGGCGGCGUGGUGGGGACUUGGCCAGCUCAUUGCGGGUCUGUUCGCCUGGGCCUAUCUUCCAAAGUAUUCCUGUUCUGAUGCUGCUAGCUGCACCUACGACAACAAUAAGGGGUGGCGCUAUAUCUGGUAUACUUCAGGGGCCUUUGUUCUCGUCCUGUCAGUACUCCGCGUCACGGUCAUUCGUCUGCAGGAGACACCCAAAUUCCUCGUUACCGAGGGCCAGGACGAGCAGGCAGUACGCGUGCUACAGGGUAUCGCGCAAAAAUACAAUCGCCCUUGCAGUCUGACGGUGGAGAUGCUUCAGCGCCUCGGCACGAUACAGCGUCCGAAUCAAGGCGGCAAAAAGAGCCGGUUCUCCUUUAGCGAGGUAGGGUUCCAUAUCAAGGGACUCUUUGCCACUCGCAAAAUCGCUCUUUCGACCUCACUGAUCUGGUUUUCGUGGAUACUAAUCGGCCUAGCCUAUCCGCUGUACAAUGUCUUCCUGCCGAUGUAUCUUUCGUCGCGUGGUGCCAGCUUUGGUGUUCUCAGCCCAUAUGUCAUUUGGCGCAACUACGCGCUGGUGAAUUUCUCUGGCAUUCCCGGCCCUAUCGUGGCCGGCUUUAUGUGUCGUUCGAAAUGGUUCUGGGGUCGACGAGGCACGAUGGUUGUCGGGGCGCUCAUCACCAUGGUCUUUUUCUUCUGCUACACGCAGGUGCGGACUGAAAGCCAAAACGUUGGCUUUUCGUGUAUCGUCAACUUUUGCCUUAACAUCUAUUACGGAACGCUGUAUGCGUAUUCCCCGGAGGUAUUUCCCUCUGCGCACCGUGGCACAGGUAACGGGAUCGCCAUCGGAUUCAAUCGAAUCAUGGGGAUUGUAAGCGCUGUGGUCGGAAAGGCUGCCAAUACAAGCACUCCGGUUCCGAUAUUCAUUUGUGCUGCGCUGUACGCCGUCAUGGCAGUUGUUUCGAUCGCCUUUCCAUUCGAGCCUUAUGGUCGACGAAAGACAACUGGAUGCGCGCAACUUGCAAACGAGACACGGGCUGCGUUGAUGUAUGCUGACGUCUACUGGAUACAUACUCGUCCAGACCCGAUGAAAAAUGAAACCAUGGACGUCGACGCAGCCAGUGUCGCGGCAACUGGAGAGUUGUCGAUUACAGGAAGCCAGACUGAAGAGGAAGUGAAUGGCGAGGAGGACUUGGAACGACAACGGCCGGCCGAAUAUAAGAAGAAACCUACGGCGAUCACAGCAUGCGAGCUCUGCAAAGCUAGAAAAGUGCGCUGUGAUCGCGCAGAACCAUCGUGUGGAUGGUGUACGCGCAAUCGGCGGGUGUGCGUGUAUAGAGAACGACAGAAACCAGGUUUCCGGGCCGGAUAUGUGCGUGAACUCGAGACCAAAGUCAAUAAACUCGAGGCAAUGCUCCAAAUGCUCGGUCGUCGAGUCGAAGACCACAUUUCCAGCAAAGAUUCAGGGCAGACGGGGCCGAUAAACCUCGAGAGACUGCUGUCGAUGGCGAGCGAUAGUAGUCAACAAAGUCCCAACCCACGGUCACCGUCAGUUAUAGAGACACUGUCUCCAGAUACAAGCAGCCAUGAGCGAGUGCGCCCUGCUCGCGCGGCAGAGUUGAUGUCAGUGCAGUCGAUGGUGAACACGAGUAGGUCAGCCGACAUGUCCCAAGCGCCGCUGGAACUGCCGCCUGUUGAGCUACUUUACAGCCUUGUCGACCUUUAUUUCAAACAUGUCAACACGUGGUGUCCAAUAUUGGAUCGCCAAAUCACUGUCGAGGGGUUAUUUCGGUCGUCCAAACACGACGAGGCAGAUCGAAUUGUUCUUUAUGCCAUGGUGGCAACUGCUCUACGGUUCAGCAAAGAUCCAUCACUAACCCCCGAGUCGCGAGAGCGAUACCACACGUUUGCGAAAGAAAGGGUCCUACUUCACAGCCUACAAACCCCGUCGAUCAAGUCUCUGCAGGCUCUUGUUAUCCUUACAUGGGACUUUUUGGGAUCGUCCGAUGGUCCAGCAAGUGUCAAUAUCCUCGCAGUGCUAGUGCGCUCUGUUUUACAACUCAAUCUUCAGGUGGAAUCGGGCCUAUCUCUUUCUGCUGCUGUUCGCGCACAUGCACCUCCCGGUCGACUACGCGACACUGUCCUUCCUCAACCCUCCUCCUGGAUCGAAGAAGAGGGUCGCCGACGGCUCUUUUGGAUGAUUUACGUUAUCGAGCGGUACGCAGCCGUAGCCACGGCGGCAGAUCUCGUCUUGGACGAAACCGAGAUUGACCGUUCUCUCCCCUGCCGGUAUGAUUUGUUCUCGAAAAACCAUCCAGUCGAAACCCGCUGGUUCUGUGGACCUGGCCGGUCGAGGAUGAUCAUCAACCAGCCUGAGAAUCUGGGCAGCUUCUCUUACCACUGUGAAGUCACGCGUAUUCUCAGCCGAGUGCAGCAAUUCCUGCAAACUCCGGUGGAUAUUUGUUCAAUGUCAGAAGUAGAACGAUGGCAAAGCACCUAUCGCGAGCUCGACGACGAGCUGAGCGCCUGGCUCAGCAACCUGCCUGACGACUAUAGCCGAAUAUCUCAACUGUGCCACUCGGACCCUACAAGCAAAAUUUCCAAUUGGAUCAUCAUGCAUGCCGCAUUUGUCACCUCGGUCGUGCGGCUGCACUCAUGCGCAGCGUAUCCGCCCGUCCGAUCCUAUAUAUUCGCGCCUUCUUACAACGCCUCCCAACGCUGUCUCACUGCGGUGCAAAGUCUCCGCGAGAUCGCCCAGGAUGUCCUCAACACCGGUAUGCUGGAUCUCCUCGGUCCGCAUUUUGCAUUUUCGCUGUACGCUGCCGCCAGGCUGUUGCUAGUCCACACAGCCUGCACGGGGAGCGAGACCGACACGAGCUGCCAGUUUUUCAUCGAUGUUCUUGAGCAAAUGGGACAUUACUGGAGCAUUGCUCGCCAGUACGCUCAACAGUUGGACCAAAUAUGGAAGCGGGCACAUAUGGACUGGCAGAUUGGCGGCGAAACGACAAAAUCUGCGCCAAAGGCACUUGCAAUAAUGCGAAGACGAGCAUACGAAGUGCACAUUUCGGCUAUCCAGCGCCCCUCUACGGCAAUGAAACCUUUGCCGACCAAGUCGGCAUCGGUGGAGGAUAUUGAAUACCUCGAGGUAUUUCAUUUUUUUAACUACCCGCGUCUACCAACCUCAAUGGUCAAUAGCCAGAGUCUUUACGACUAUUUUUUGAACGUGGACGCGAUCUCGGCGGGCAAGGACUAUUUCAUGGCGCCGGCGCCUCUAUCCAUCGGGUCGUCGGAAAUGGGCUGGUCUUAUUCUAAUUGA